AUGGAGGGCAGCAAGGAGCGCUUCCACUGGCAGAGCCACAAUGUCAAGCAGAGCGGCGUGGACGACAUGGUCCUGCUCUCCAAGAUCUCCGAGGAGGCCAUCGUGGAGAACCUCAAGAAACGUUUUAUGGACGAUUACAUCUUUACCUACAUUGGGCCGGUGCUCAUCUCCGUCAACCCCUUCAAGCAGAUGCCGUACUUCACCGACCGGGAGAUCGAGCUGUACCAGGGGGCGGCUCAGUAUGAAAAUCCUCCCCAUAUCUACGCCCUGACCGACAACAUGUACCGCAACAUGCUGAUCGACGGGGAGAACCAGUGCGUCAUCAUCAGCGGAGAAAGCGGGGCCGGGAAAACGGUGGCAGCGAAAUACAUCAUGGGCUACAUCUCCAAAGUGUCCGGGGGUGGUGAGAAAGUGCAGCACGUGAAGGACAUCAUCCUGCAGUCCAACCCGCUGCUGGAAGCCUUUGGAAAUGCCAAAACCGUCCGGAACAACAACUCCAGCCGCUUUGGGAAGUACUUCGAGAUCCAGUUCAGCCGGGGUGGCGAACCCGACGGGGGGAAGAUCUCCAACUUUCUGCUGGAGAAGUCGCGGGUGGUGAGCCAGAACGAGUGCGAGAGGAAUUUCCACAUCUACUAUCAGCUCAUCGAAGGGGCGUCCCAAGAGCAGCGGCAGAACCUGGGCAUCAUGAGCCCGGAUUAUUACUACUACCUGAACCAGUCGGACACGUACCAGGUGGAGGGCACAGAUGACCGCAGCGACUUCCAUGAGACCAUGAACGCCAUGCAGGUCAUCGGCAUCCGGGGCGAGGACCAGCAGCUAGUGCUGCAGAUCGUGGCGGGGAUCCUCCACCUGGGAAACAUCAGCUUUCGGGAGGAAGGCAACUAUGCUCGGGUGGAAAAUGCUGACUCCCUGGCCUUCCCUGCCUACCUGCUGGGGAUCGACCAGGACCGCCUCAACGAGAAGGUCACCAGCAGGAAAAUGGACAGCAAGUGGGGCGGCCGCUCCGAGUCCAUCACUGUCACCCUCAACGUGGAGCAGGCGGCUUACACCCGGGACGCCCUGGCCAAGGGGCUCUACGCGCGUGUCUUCGACUUUCUCGUGGAGUCUAUCAACCGGGCUAUGCAGAAGCCGUAUGAGGAGUACAGCAUCGGGGUGCUGGACAUCUACGGCUUCGAAAUAUUCCAGAAAAAUGGCUUUGAGCAAUUCUGCAUUAACUUUGUGAACGAGAAGCUGCAGCAGAUCUUCAUAGAGCUGACCCUGAAGGCAGAGCAGGAGGAAUACGUGCAGGAGGGGAUCAAGUGGACCCAGAUCCAGUACUUCAACAACAAGGUGGUGUGCGACCUAAUAGAGAACAAGCUGAACCCGCCCGGAAUCAUGAGUGUCCUGGACGAUGUCUGUGCCACCAUGCAUGCCACCGGCGAGGGGGCAGACCAGACACUGCUGCAGAAGCUGCAGGCAGCUGUGGGCACCCACGAGCACUUCAACAGCUGGAGCUCGGGCUUCGUCAUCCACCACUACGCAGGCAAGGUCUCCUACGAUGUGAACGGCUUCUGCGAGCGCAACCGGGACGUGCUCUUCACCGACUUGAUCGAGCUCAUGCAGAGCAGCGAAUAUGGUUUCAUCCGGAUGCUUUUCCCAGAAAAGCUUGAUUCUGACAAAAAGGGACGACCGACCACCGCGGGCUCCAAAAUCAAGAAACAGGCUAAUGACCUGGUGAACACGCUAAUGAAGUGCACGCCACACUACAUCCGCUGCAUCAAGCCCAACGAAACCAAGAAACCCCGGGACUGGGAGGAGAGCAGGGUGAAGCACCAAGUCGAGUACCUGGGACUGAAGGAGAACAUCCGGGUGCGCCGGGCAGGUUUUGCCUACCGCCGUCUCUUCCACAAAUUCCUGCAACGCUAUGCCAUCCUCACCCCCGAGACAUGGCCAUCCUGGCGCAGGGACGAGCGGCAAGGGGUGCAGCACUUGCUGCGCUCCGUCAACAUGGACCCGGACCAGUAUCAGAUGGGUCGGAGCAAGGUGUUUGUCAAGAACCCCGAAUCGCUCUUCCUCCUCGAAGAGAUGCGGGAGCGGAAAUUCGACGGCUUUGCCCGGGUGAUCCAGAAAGCCUGGCGUCGGCACGUCGCCAUCCGGAAGUAUGAGCAGAUGCGAGAGGAGGCCUCCAACAUCCUCUACAACUUCAAAGAGCGGAGGAGGAACAGCAUUAACAGGAAUUUCGUGGGCGAUUACCUGGGCAUGGAGGAGCGGCCAGAGCUGCGCCAGUUCCUGGCCAAGCGGGAGCGGAUAGACUUCGCUGACUCCAUCACUAAGUACGACCGGAGGUUCAAGCCCAUCAAGCGGGACUUCAUCCUCACCCCCAAGUACUUCUACCUGAUCGGGCGGGAGAAGGUGAAGAAAGGUCCUGAGAAGGGGCAGAUCAAGGAGGUGCUCAAGAAGAAGGUGGAGCUCCAGGCGGUGAACGGCGUCUCACUGAGCACCAGGCAGGAUGAUUUCUUCAUCCUCCACGAGAAUGAUGCCGACAAUUUCUUGGAAUCCAUCUUCAAGACGGAGCUGAUCAGCCUGCUGUGCAAACGCUACGAGGAGCUCACCCGCACCAAGCUGCGCCUCUCCUUCAAGGACACACUACAGUUUCGGGUGAAGAAGGAGGGUUGGGGCGGUGGCGGCACCCGCAACGUCAUCUUCGUCAGAGGACAGGGCGACGUGGCCACCCUCAAAGCCGGAGGGAAAACCCUUACAGUCAGCAUCGGGGAUGGGCUCCCCAGGAAUGCCACACCCCAGUUCCCGCGCAGCGAUGGCCAGGCUCAGCAGGACGCCUACAUGGUGCCCCAGAAGCAGGCACGGGAGCAGCCAGCCACAGUGCUGCCACACCGAAACACCACCCGCCAGCCGAAGACACGGCCCCCGUCCGAGCAGAACAUGGAUUUCCUCAACGUGCCCGACCAGGGGGUGGCCGGCAUGCAGCGCCGGCGAAGCCUGAGCCAGCAGCCGCCCCCAGCCAGGCGUCCCAAGCCGCAGCCCAAGGCGGCCGUGCCGCGCUGCCAGGCGCUCUACCAGUACAUCGGGCAGGACGUGGACGAGCUCAGCUUCAACGUGGGGGACAUCAUUGACAUCCUGCUAGAAGAUAUCUCUGGCUGGUGGAAAGGCCGGCUGCACGGCAAGGAAGGGCUUUUCCCUGGGAACUAUGUGCAGAAGAUCUGA